GUCCUGUACUACAAACUGCCUCAGCUAUGCGUGCUUUACCCUGAGAUAUAAGAAACCGUUACGCCGGUGUUGUAUAUUGAUAAUACUGCUAGCUGUUCAGUACCUAAAAGAAUCUCAAUCCGACUCAACGACAAAUCGACUAUGGCGUCCGACGACGACCACGAAGAUUACAGCCUGGACGACGUGGCUCGAUUAGCGGCGGAGGAACAACGCAGUCGGCCUCAGAUGGAUUUAAAUCCAUUUGACAAACGUUCGAAAACCGUUGUAGGUCUUAACAUGGCGCAACCACUUCUACCUGUAGUUAAUCGUAACCGCCCUGUACAGAUGCAACAUCACCCGCAAAUGCAACUACAGCAGCAACCACCACAGGCGCAACCCAUACAUGAAGGUCAAGGUCAACGUCAGGCAGAACGGCAUCAAAGACGAACAGCGCCAUGCCCACCUAAAGAAGGCUAUGCUUGGGAAAACACGAACGGAAAUGAUGACGUUAUGCUGGCUUAGCUUUACGUCAGACCUCCUGGACUUCUUAGAAAAGAUUCAUGUGUUUCGAUGGACCAAAUACAUUACGUGACAAAUAGGCUUACCUAAUUUCAAAACUUAUUAUGUAGAGUAGUCAACUAACUGGAUGUAUCGUAAUAAAAUGCUAAAACAUUAAAUGAUCCUUAGUUAAGUUUGUGAAAAGCAAUGUCAGUGUUUAAAACUGGGAUGGGAAGAGUUUCCACUUCAUCCAUCCUAAGUUCAAAUUUAUGUUAACCAACAAUGUUUGUUUGAUGUUUUGUUUGUUUGUAGCUUUGUUUGUUACAUUGUAGUUGUUUGUUUUGGGGAUUUUGUUUUGUUGUUGUUUUGUUGUUGUUGCUGUUGUUGUUCGGGGUUUUUUGUUAUUUGUGUUGUUGUUGUUGUUGUUGAUGUGGCAGUUUUAUCUAAAUAAACUCUUC